AUCAGCUGUGAGAGCGGCGUGGCGCCGUGUGCCGCCGCUCUGACCCGCUGUCAGUUGCCCGAGCCCUGUGCUACGGUUAGGACCGUGCAAUCGUCACCUUUUAACGACCACGAGCACGUAACUCGCGCGAUCGUAACCCUUCCAUCGAAAUAACGACCGGGCUUCCUCUUGUCGCCGCGUCGUUUAAUCGUUCGUCCCGUUUAAUCUUCCCGUCGCGAUCGAAACGGAAAUCACGAUCGUUGGCUAUCGCGAACAGAGAGGUGUUCGAUCUCGGUGGUCAGGCAUUCGUUUCCAAGCUGUUCCGAGCCGAUACUCUCUCGCUGAAAACACACACGCUCCGAGUAUUUUCCUGGAUGAUCAUCGCGAUACGUGUUGGAGUUGAAUAGAAGCCGUUUCGAAUAUCGUGGUGGUUUUGUGAUGGAAAAGUGAUCGGAGGUUAAUCGAGGGAGUAAACUCGACGAAACGGUGGACCGCAUGCUUCGCUGACCAAGUCUCAGGAUGAUCUGGUAGAGGAGGCGGCUGGUGGUUUGAUCGCGAGAAAUGGCGUGCGGAAUAUCUUUCCGAACGACUGCCACGAGCACGGUACUUUUCCUCCUGGUACUGCUGCAGGCGGCACUGGUGUGGGACGAAGUACACAGCGCUCCAGCGAAAAGGAACGACAUCCUAGCGGGCACGGAAUUUCUGUCAGUCUUCAUAAACGGCGCCAUGGCGACGCCACCCCAGCGACGCAGAGGUUUCAGACGAGGAGGACACACGACGACGGUCGGGGACAGCGCGACGGCGGAGUCGCAUCAGCACGAGGCCUCUAUUUACCGGAUAUCUCGAAAUCCAGCCAACAGACAGGUCGUUCCAAGAGCGCGGAACACCAGUGGCCGAGAAGAGGUCGUUCGGUUCUACCCUAUAAGUCACAAAACGCUCGAGAACAGGCAACAGAAUCUAGCCUCGUUGAUCGAUGAAUUGGGCACCAGCAGCGAUAUAUCGUCCACGAGACUAACGCCGCAAAGUUCCAGCACCACGGUCACCUCGGUGGCAUCCAGAGAAAAGUCAUCGAGAACAAACGCUACCAGUAACGCGCCCAACAAGCCAGUCAGUCGGCAAAAGGUCAUAGGCGUCAGCGUGACAUCCACAGUCGAAGCGACACCGUACAAGGUCAGGGUGGAGCAUUACGACGGUAGCGACGCGACUGUCGUCACCCCGUCUCCAAGAUCUGCCAGCAGUUCUCUGAGAGAAUCGUCGAAAGACACCAGAAGCACCACAGUCAGGUCUCUCACCGCGAGAACGAGUCCUAGCAGCACUACUAUCAGAACAACGACAGUCCCAACAAAGACGUCGACAGUGAUACCAUCGUCUUCCAGCUUCGUUACGGAGGAGCUCAGCAACAUUGUAUCCGAAUCGAACAGGAGUGAGUUUUCCGUCGACGAAGGUUCACCGAGUACCAGUUGGCGGAGCCAGGGUGCAGUGACCCCUGGACCAGCAGCGAGACACACCGCUACCUACGGCGACCAGCAAACAGAGACUAACCUCACCUCGUCCAACUCUCAGGAGGACAUGAUAACCCUUCCUACGGAAGAGAAUUACGAACUCCCCGAAGAAGACUCGGAACCGAAGGAGUACAACGAAGAACCCGUCGAAGAACGCUUCCAGGCUCAAGGUCGAAAGGCUGGCAGACACUACGACGCUUCCCAGUACAAUCGACCCGGUUCCAAAGUGUACUCUCAACCCUCGAAGAGCUACAAAUCGCCCAGACCCUACGAGCCAGCGAAACUGUACAACGAACCGGCGAAGGUGUACGGGGAACCUGAGAAAGUGUACGGGGAACCAGCGAAGGUGUACAGCGAGCCUGCCAAGGUUUACAGCGAACCAGCGAAAGUGUACGGGGAGCCAGCCAAGGUGUACAGCGAGCCUGCCAAGGUCUACGGCGAACCUGAAAAAGUGUACUCGGAACCGUCCAAGGUCUAUUCGGAGCCGGCUAAGAUAUACUCGGAGCCUGCUAAGGUUUACUCGCAACCCGCCAAAGUGUACAGCGAGCCUAGCAAGAUUUACGACUCCGAAGGUGAGCCAUUGAAUCAGCAACGAGCCGGUGAACCCGAACAGAACUACGAGGUGGACGAAUCGGUCAGUGUGAGCAGUAACGGGAACGUUCACGGGCCUCAAUUGAUUCUUAACGAACCCUCGAACGCUUCGGAAGUCGAGGACGGCCACAAAGUCGGUUACGUGGUCGAGGGAAGGAACUACAGGAAGUACAGGGUCGAGGAAAGGACUCCGGAUGGCUUCAUCGUUGGGGAAUACGGUGUGGUUAGCCACGAUGAUGGCUCGUUGAGAGGUGUACGGUACACAGCCGACGGGACCAUCAAUCCUCGACUGAUUUACGACGCAUUGAUGAAGUUCCUUGCUCUGUGAGAGAAUCAUUGGACGGGGAUGAUUGUAGAUUUGUACGGAGGCGGGUCGACCAGUCGCGUUGCUUUGCUCGAUGAUACGGGGAUGAAGUAAAUAUACAAACGACUGAUUUUUUUUUACUGCUUUAAUGAUCGGAUGAUCAUUUUGGACAGGCCUGUCUAAAGGCUGGUUCAGACACGACUAAAUUACUAGCCGUGUCUGAACCAACCUUAACUGCUAGAAGCGAAUGAACCACUGCUCCCACUCUUACCGCUUCAGACUUCCCCCACCAUCCAUUAGUGUCAGUAGUUUCUCGCUAGAUGCUAUAUCUGCUAGGAUCAGGAAUACGCGUCAAAUAUUGGAAGAGUCGGGGAACCAACUGGAAGAGUGGGGGGAGCCGAGCGCGAGCUGCGUGGUAGGGGAAGGAGUCACGAGUGGCCCGCGGGCCGCAGGUUAGACAGGCCUGAUUUAGAAGUUAGGAGUUAACGAAUUUAGGUCGAAAGAUAAAGAAUGGGUUUCUGAUGGUAAAAGUGACGAAAACUUGAUUAAUAUGGAUUUUAAUUAAUAAAAUAAAAUACUGUUCCCUCGAUUUAGAAUUUCAUAUAUUGAACAAUCUUUUUGAAUUCAAUGUCAAAUCGGUAAGAGUAGUUCUAAUAAGUCAGCUGGUCGAGCUGGUUAAUGCCGAUAGCAAUCUUCGUCACCGAGUUGUUUCUGCGGCCUGGAAAAGGUCACAGUGAUCCUCACGCUGGUCUCGCGACCGACUCUUUCAUCAAAGAGCUUGAAAUUAUAAAGGAUACGGAGUUGAACAGUAUUUAUGAACAACCAUGAGAAUACUAAAAAUUCAUGAACAUCGUAGUCAUUAAUUUAGAGCAUACAACUCAAAUACGUCUUUAUACCUUCAGAUUUUUAUCGAUCGUAUAUAUCCGCCCUUAACUUUCUAAGGGUUAAUAAUCAUCGGAGAACUCGUUCGAAGCAACGCGACGAGAUCGACCAAACGAAAAAUAAAUAUGACUGAUUCCUUCGCUCUUGCCAACGCAGCUGCCUCAACGAUUAAUUUUAAGGACUCUAACCACGGUAGCGAUCUGGGAUCUAAAGAAUUCAACGAUAAAACGUAUAAUUCCCUGUUUUGGGCGUCGAAGCACGUGUGCAUCCUAUCGAGCUGAAUGCUCGCUGGACGAUUCGAUCGGGGAAUUCGAAAUGACGCUCGUCCAUUGUGAAACUUGACAAAUGAAAGUGACUGCUCUGGGUGGCGAAAGUAUAUACGAACUUUUCUGUGCUACCAGAGAUGGCCUUUUCAGUGACUCCUUCAUCGAGGAACAUUUCUUUUCCCUUCGUUCGUCUAGCGAUUGCGUUCCACGUCGUGUGGAGAUCCUCGAUCGUCGCUCCUCGUAGUUGCGUCAUUUUUGUGAUCGCGUUAACCCUUUCGCUGCGAAACAUCUACACUUAUAAGUAAAAGUAAACGUUGUUGGUUGUAAGUAAAAGUAUUUGAUCAACGUUAGAUUCGCAAAUAAAAUAUGCUUACGAUUUUCAAUUAUGAAUAAACUAUACUUACAGGGUGUUAAAAAAUACCCUGAAGACCUCUACACCGCUGGAUAGAUCACGAAAAAUCGAAGUGAAAAGUUCUGUAGCAUUUUUCGAUGGGAUCAGUAGUUUAGCCACAUUUCGUUGUUGAAAAUUGAGUGACAGUUUGAGUGGCAAAACCCGCGGAGUAGGAGACUAGGCUAAACUACUGAUCUCAUCGAAAAAUGCUACAGAACUUAUCACUUCGAUUUUUCGUGAUCUAUCCAGCGGUGUAUAGGUCUUCAGGGUAUUUUUUAACACCCUGUAUAUUAUAAUAGAUUAGAUUGUGGUAUAGUAAAUUAUCAAUUGAAAAAUCGUUUAUUUUAAUUAACAUUUAUUGAAAAACUUUGUUAAUGAAUUUUAUGAUCACCACGAAAGAAAUACUGCAGCGAAAGGGUUAAACGCAAAAAAUAUUUUUCCUCGAGUGUUACGAUUAGAAAUAGUAAUUGAGAGAUGGCACGGUGUCUUGUUUGGUUACUAUUGCUUAUUUCGAUACUGAUUCUUACGACGGCACACUUGUCACUUUUUUUAUUUAACAAUUUAAAAAAAAAAUCAUCGCUUGCACUUAGAAAUUUCGUUUCCUGAAAUUCAGUGGAAAGUAGCCAAUUUCAAAUGCAAUUCAAUUUUGAAAUACCUUUUGUUAAAUACAAUACAGCAUGUUCGAUAAUUUUAAUUAAUUUUCGGUAAUAGAAACUACGUAAAUUGCAAGAAGCAAGUGACCAAUAUCAAUUUGCAAACUGUUCGCCGCGUAAAAUUGUAAAACAAUUACAAGAAAUGGAGCAACGGAAGAUCUUUAAAAAUGAAGAAUCGACUGAACGACUGGUCGCGUGUUUUCGUCAUGGCGACGCUUCUGUGAUGAAAAAGCUUAUCGAGAAGUCACAGCUGCCAGGGCCUCCCCCUUUUCGAAUUUCCCUUUAAUUAUAAGCUUAUUUAAUUCGGUUCAUUUAGCGUUAAGUAUUAGAAGGCUCCGCAGCUGCGAUGGACUUGCUGACUUGUCACGGCAGCGUAUCUGUGCCCCUUAAGUUUAGUAAUCUUCUUCGAAGUUUCUAAGACAUUCCCGCGUCAAGGAACUGUAGCUCACUCGACGAGAAAGCCGUAGAACGUAAGACGAUAUUAUUUUAUUUCGAGUUAACCCUUUCGCUGCGGGCAACGUAUAAUUACAGUCAAUAAUUAGUGUCGUUUAGUAUACACAUUAAUUCAAUAUUUUAAAUUACAAUUUGUAUGAUUUAUCUUUGACCUUUGUUACUAUUCUCAUUCAUUUUAUUCGUACUCUGAUCGAAUAUCGAAUUACAAUAAAAUAGAGCGUUAGAAUAAUUAACUUUCGAACGGCGGACCAUGGAGAAAGGCCUAAUUUGAAUUUACCUUUGUUUUCAAUUUUUAUUUUCUAAAUUUUACACUGUUCCUUGUAUUCAUUUUUCAAGUUUGGGUCUAGAUUGACCCAGAAGAGGGUUCAAGGGUUAAAAGAAAAUUAUUCGCCAAAUGGUAGUGAUUGAUUAUUGAUUAUUGUAUGAUAUAGACCGUAGCUAAAGGGUUAAAUAGCUCAUUCUUCCUCAUUACCUCAAUCUUUGAGAUAGUUCCUCCUGCCAUUUAAACGAAACGUAUCAUACGCGUACUCACCUUAAAUUAUACACGAUAUUUCGAUCGUUCCCAUGUGCAUGCGCUCAAACUUGAUCCCCCAAACGACAAUUGAAAAGCGAUUUCGAUCGCUGAUUUUCGAAACAUCGUUCGUUCGAAUGUUGCUCACCCUCGUAGAUUAAGUGCGUGUUCGUUGCCUUUACCUUUUGCAUGUAAGCGAUUAAAGUAUUCCGAUAUGUUACAAGUGAUAUCGUUUAUUCUAAGGACUUCAUUACGUUACGCGUACAUCGUAGUCUAAUGUUUAUUAUUCAAAUGAUUAUGCAUAGCGCUGUGCAACCAUUGUCAUUUCUCGAAUGCAACUUUGUAAUAAAUUCCAUUGUCAUAAUA